AUGGCGUCAACGAAGCCACAGCAGUUAGAAAACCCUUCCACAGAAGACAGUGUCCCGUCAAAUUCAACACCUCUCGCCCUGCCACCACCAAGCGAUGUCUCAGCAUCCACUUCGACAUCGCAAACCGUCAAGCUGGACGCGUUAGGACCGAUGGUGAUAAACUCCGACGGCACGCUCUCCCGUAUUCACAACUGGGCUGAAAUGAGCGAAGCUGAGCGCGAGCGGACUCUACGUAUCCUGGGGAAGCGAAAUCAACUGAGGCGGGAGAAUAUUCUUGCCGCUGAAGGGGAAAGUGAGAACGGUACCGUGGCAGGUGGUGAGCAGUCAUGA